UAAAUAUUUUUUUAUUAACACUAAUAUGAUGCUAUAUACAAACAUCAUUUCCGCUUCCAGUUAAGUCUUUUGGAUUUUCGAUGCCUUUUGUAUCGUCAGCAUAAAACAUGGAUAACCGUUCCAUUUCAAAGAAGAGAAAGUUUGUUGGAGAUGGAGUUUUCAAAGCUGAAUUAAAUGAGUUCUUAACUCGUGAACUAUCAGAAGAUGGAUAUUCGGGAGUUGAAGUACGCGUCACUCCCCAUCGUACAGAAAUUAUCUUGCUAGCAACUCAUACGCAAAGUGUUCUUGGAGAAAAAGGUCGUAGGAUUCGAGAAUUAACUUCUGUUGUACAAAAACGAUUUAAUUUCAAAGAAACACAAAAUAUUGAAUUAUAUGCCGAAAAAGUAGCAACACGUGGUCUUUGUGCGAUUGCUCAAGCAGAAUCUCUACGUUUUAAAUUAAUUGGAGGUCUUGCUGUACGAAGAGCUUGUUAUGGAGUACUUCGUUUUAUUAUGGAAUCAGGAGCAAAAGGUUGUGAAGUGGUUGUUAGUGGUAAAUUACGUGGACAAAGAGCAAAAUCAAUGAAAUUUGUUGAUGGAUUAAUGAUUCAUUCUGGAGAACCAACUAAUGAAUAUGUUAAUACUGCAACUCGUCAUGUACUUCUUCGACAAGGUGUACUUGGUAUCAAAGUAAAAAUUAUGCUCCCAUAUGAUCCUCAUGGCAAGACAGGUCCUAAAAAACCUCUUCCAGAUUCUGUUUCAAUUGUUGAACCAAAAGAUGAAGUUUUUCCUUCGCAACCAACAUCUGAAGUAAAAGCAUCAAAGGAUUUACCACAACCAAUACCACUUGCAGUGUAAUUUAUAUAAAAGUGAAAAUAAACUUUUAAAAGAAAUA